AUGAAAAUUACAGAGAGUAAUAAUAAUAACAAUAAUAAUAAAAAAGAUAACAAUAAACAUUGGUGUAAAUAUUGUAAAAUAUUCAUUCAAGAUAAUAUUAGCGUAAAGAAUCAUGAAGAAGGAUGGAGACAUAAAAACAAUGUUACAAGAUUUGUAUCUACCCAAAAUAGAGAUAAAAAAUAUCAAGAAAGAGACCAAAAAGAAGCUGAAAGAGAAAUAAAUAGAAUAAAAAAUACAGGUGCAAGAUCUUUUAGAGAAAAAGAUUUAUCAAGAGUUUUAGAUGAAAAGAAACACCAACAACAACCACAACAACAACCACAACAACCACAACAACAACAAAGAAUAUUUAAUAAUAAUAGUAAUAAUAAUAAUAAUAAUAAUAAUAAUAAUAAUAAUAAUAAUAAUAAUAAUAAUAAUAAUAAUAAUAAUAGUAAUAAUAAUAAUAAUUACCACCAACCACAAUAUCCUACCACAACAACUACUACCACUACUACUAAUACUACAGCCUCAAAUAAAAAUUGUGAUAACGCAGAUUCAAAGUUUAAAGAGAUACAAGAACAACAAAGACAACUACUAAGUAAUAAUGAUUAUUAUAACUAUUAUCAAGAUAGACAGCAAUUAAUAUAUGAUUACUAUCAAAAUGAAGGUAAUCAACCAAUACCUGAACCACCUUUAAAUACAAGUUUAUAUGGAUAUACAGAAUCACCACUUUUAAAAUCACGUUUAGAUUCUUCAACUGACACAUUAUCUUCUUCCUCAUCAUCAACAAUAAUAUCACCUUCGCACCAAAAAAAGAGAAAACAAGAUGAUACAAAUUCACCUAUACCAGCAAAAAUUUCAAAAGAUGAAUGUGUUAAUAAUGAAAAUAAAGAUAAAUCAAAUGAAAAAGAAAAUGAGCUUAAUAAUAAUAAUAAUAAUAAUAAAAGUGGAGAAGGUGAAGAAGGUGAAGAGAGUGAUGAUAAUGACGAUGAUGAAGAGGAAUCUGGAUCAGGAUCAGAAUCAGAAUCAGAAUCUUCAGAAGUUGAUCAAAGUGAGAGUAUAAUUGGACAAUGGCAAACAGUUGAUCCAAUUGAAAGUGCAUUUGGUUCAACAAGAAAAGAUAGUGAUGAUGAAAAAGAUAAAAAAGAUAAAAAAAAUAAAAAAGAUAAUGAUGAAAAUAAACGAGAUGAAAAAGACUAUUCCGAUGUAUCUGAUGCCGAUAGUGAAGAAGAAAGUGUAAACAUUACAAAAAGAGCUAUGGCAAAUCAUAAAAAACCAAUAACCCUUACAAAUGUAAUUUCACCAACCAUUCCAUCAACAUCAAAGAAUUUUGAAUCAGUUUUAUCUUUUAAUAAAUCUGGUGUAUUUUCAUUAAAUAAUAAUAAUAAUAAUAAUAAUAAUAAUAAUAAUAAUAAUAAUAAUAAUAAUAAUAAUAAUAAUAAUAAUAAUAAUAAUAAUAAUAAUAACGAACCACCACAACCAACACCUCAAAUAACCUUAAAAUUUAACAAACCUUUAAAACAAAGAAAUACAAGAAAAACAAAUAUAGAAGAUAAACAAUCUUAA